UUUUGGAAGCAGGAAGUUAAAAGAAAAAUAAGAAACAGGAAGAAGGAGAGAACUAGGCAAAAGGAACGUAAAGUUUAAGGAAGGCUGCGAACAGCUUAUGUAGGACAUAUGAGCUACUGAGUAACGGAGCGCGGACAGCCCGAAUAAUAAUAAUAACAACAACAUGUCUCUUUUUCCGGUGCUUUUAUUUUGCGGCUGGCUGAUUUUCACAAAAGGAAGCUCUAGUCUUGACUCCUCUCCUUGUCCUACAAAUUAUUUCCUCUGCAGGUCAAAAUGCUUACCUCUGUCUUCUAGAUGUGAUGGCUUCUUUGAUUGUGAAGAUCAGUCUGAUGAGGUUGGGUGUCCCCCGCACUGCAGCUUCACACUGCUGGAAUUUUAUGGGGUCUUCUCUCCUCCGGGUUACCCAGACUCUCCACCCAGUCCCCUACCUACUUCCUGCCGAUGGCUAAUUGAUUCUGGAGAUAGUCGGGGCCUGUCACUGCAGUUUUCUUCUCUCCAGCUCUCUGGGUCUGAUGCUCUUGUGGUGUAUGAGUUGGCUGAUGGAGACUCAAAUCGCAUUCUCCGUGCUCUUGACCGGCAAAGCAAUGGAAAAUCAGUCACAGUGGAGUCUGUGGGAGGAAGGGUCAUGGUUGACUAUCAUUACAGCUCUGAGGUCUUAAGUAACCCCAGUCCUGUUUCUUCUGUCACCCAUGGCUCAGGAUUUAAGUUUCCAAACUCUGACAUUGCUGUGUCUUCUAAACCAAUAAACCGUGACUCUGGCCCUCAUAAGUCUGACCUACUUGGCCCCCCUUCCUUUGGUUCCCACACUUCUGGCUCUUCUUUUCAUGGUAUUUGGUUCCCUGCUUUCCGUCCUCGGGGAUUUAAUGCCACUUAUCGGGUACGUGGCUAUUGUCUCCCUUGGGACCACCCUUGUGGGUCCAGCCCUGGAAUUUUGUGGAAUGAUGAAGUAGAGGAAGGCGGAGGCUGCUUCACUGAUGCACAGCGCUGUGAUGGUGCCUGGGACUGUGCCAAUGGCCGAGAUGAAAUGAAUUGUUCAGGCUGUGCCCCUGGGCACUACCCCUGUGCCAUGACCCGUGCUUGUUACCCCAUUACUGAGAGGUGUAAUUAUCAAACAUCAUGUCAGGAUGGUACUGAUGAGAGGGGAUGCCGCGCAUGUCAGCCUGGAGGAUUCCACUGUGACUUGGAACGUUGUGUGUAUGAAGCAUGGGUUUGCGAUGGGCAGGCUGACUGCAGGGAUGGAAGUGAUGAACGAGGAUGCGGAUAUACCCUGCCUCGUAGAGUCAUUGCUGCAGCUGUCAUAGGAAGCCUUAUCUGUGCUACACUGCUAGUUGUUGCACUUGGUUGUACAUGUCGGCUUUAUACCACCCGAGCACGGGAGUACAGCGUCUUCGCACCAUUGUCCCGAAUGGAUGCAGAACUCAUCCAGCAACAGGCACCACCAUCAUAUGGUCAGCUGAUUGCCCAAGGAGCAAUUCCACCUGUCGAUGACUUUCCCACUGAGAGCCCAACUGAUGGCUCUUUCAUGGGGAACUUACGUAGCCUCCUGCAGUUUCUUCACCAGGCACCCCCAGUCCCUGCUGGAGCAGUUAAUGAAUUACCACCUCGCAGGCGCCCGCCUCGUGCAGUCAGACGUCUUCUUCGGCGCUUGCGCCGAUGGGGGCUUCUCCCUCCUCGUGCCCAGGGACCCCAAGUGGAAGUCUCUCAAAUCCAGACCUCAGCAUCACCAGAAGUAACAUCAGAGGGCACCGAACCUCCCACAGCUCCAGCGCUUCCAGUCAAAAUGCCUCUAGAUGAUCCAGAUACGUCUUCAGCCCAAACAGAAGCCUCCACUCUACCUCAGUACUCUGAGAGUGGGAGGAGUCUUAUGGGCAUGAUGCAAGUCUUGUUCCCUCUUGGAGCAGAGGAGCCAUCAGGAGGGAGGAGAGGGAGAGAAAGGCCAGAGCAGGAAGUAGGAGAAGACCAUCAAAGACAUGAAGAAGAGGAUGAAAUGUUGUUGUUGCCCCUGGCAGAAGGUUGGGACAGUGAGGCAGGGGAUGUUGGGUUAAUUGUAUGUUAACAGAAUGUCUGUUAAUUCCUGUUGUAAGCCCUAUUACAACUUUGCACAAACACAACCUUAACAUCACUUGAACUAAUUCAACCCUCCUUCUUUUUAAGUGUCUCCAUUUUGAUUCCCAGUCUCCUUGACUUUUACUCUAGGUUGGCAGAGGGUAUUAAUCCAUAAGCAAAAUUUUCUUGGAGUGGCCAGACAUGAAAGAAUUCAUUAUAGCCAAACUAUAAAGUAGAAAAGGAAUGUAUCUCCCGGAAAUAAAUCGGGCUUAAGCAGCUAAAUAUUGAUAUGCAAUCAGUUGCAUAUACCUCACUUCUAUUCUGCAUUAAUAGGGUUUCGUUUUUUUGUUUAGCUUCAAAUGUCCAAAUUGCAAGCAGGCCAUAGGAGUUCAAACAAAUUGCCACUUUAUCUCAUUGUAAAUCUACUAUAUUUGCUGUACUUUUUUUUUUAUAUUGAAUGAGGUAUAUUAGGUUAAAUUAAGUUGAAUUAAGCACAACUUAAAUUGUUUAUUGGAAUCUCUUGCCAAGGAAUAAUCCAUUCAUACCGCUGAUAAAAACAUAUAUAGAUUGGAGCCUCUAGCUAUGUGUUUAUAUCAUUACAUGUAACUAGUAUCGCUUCACAUCUAGCCAGCCAGUGCUAGAGAAAUUUGUUCUUUAAAGAAAUUUAUGUAUAUAAAUAUAUAUUAUAUACAGACUAACACAUUUGCCGUGGGGCUGAUAAAUUUUAGGGGAUACUCAUAACAGUCAAAAUUAUCCCAGGAAAGUGAAAAUAGUUACUAUUUUAAACUGUCCCUUCCUUGAGGUGAAAGGGAUGUUGCAAUAUAUAGAAACCAAUGAAUAAUUAACCAUUCUUUUAAUCUGGCCACUUAAAAAAAACUUAUUUAAAUAUUCCACCUUAUGCUUUUAUUAUAUUCAACACCACUGAAAUGUGCUGAAAUGCUAUUUUUACUAAUUGCACUAUUUUUCAAAGAAACAGUAAAGGGCCCUGUUAUUCUUUCAUCUAAUUCCUGUAUCUCUAACUACUACAUGCCUCACAAUGACCCUAUGCAUUAGAUCAUUAUGUAAAAUCCCAAAUUAUACACUGAACUACAAAUCCCAGCAUGCCACAACAGCCUCGUGGCAGGUGAAGUGUAGGAGCGGCUGGACAGUUACAGACUGAAUCUCACUGGCAAAAGUAAAAGAACAAAUAAAGUGAUAUUUUGCUAGACGUAAGUGGGGAAAAAUAGACCUUUAUUGAAAGUAUCAAUGAAUACAUACAUGUGUAAGGAUAUCUGAAAAUAGAUAGAUAGAUAGAUAGAUAGAUCCACCUGAAGCCGGUACUCUCAAUAAAGAUGAAUUUGCCUGGGUCCACGAUCAAGAAAUAUUCUCCAUUCUAAUUCUGCUGCUGUCCAUUGGAUAAACCUUUUGAGAUUUGGCCUCAUACCUACAUGGCAAAGUUGCACUGAUGUGACCAAUCUUACUGAAAUAUGUGGAUGUACAACCCUUCUAUUUGAAUGUUGACAAAAUACUCUGUCAUCUACUAAUGUGCAGAGUGCAGCAAAGUAAUUCUAAAAGAAGCCGACGUAUUCUUUGGUAAUAUGUUUCCUGGAAUUCAGAUUUGUGGGAUCAUGGGUUAUUUUUGAAAGCGGGGGAAAAAGGACUGAUUUAAAUGUUCUACUGUGUGCCUCAAAAGGAAGGUGUCCUAUUGCACACGACACCAGUUACUUUUAUGUGAAUCUGAUGAUCUAUUUUUCUAUGUAAAAUCUCCUUUUUAAAUCUUUCUUACUUUUGCUCCAGUGCACAGCACGCAAGGGGCUAUUUAGUGCCAGGCGUGUGCAGCUUUUUUAUUUGAAUGAAGUUUUAGCACAAUAAUAGUAAAGGUAUGUAUAUAUAUGAAGUGCUGUGUUAACCAUUUGCAGACCAUUGAUGCCUACAGAUGUCAACAUUUGCUUUGGUGUAUUGGUGUUUCUGGCUGUAAAAGGGUUAAUAAUGCAUUGGAUUUUGAUAGUGUGAUUGUUGAGCUCUGUAAAUUAUUUAUUACUGUGAUUUAUGUAAAAUGGAUAAAUAAAUCUUUAAAAUGA